CGCGCUCAAGAGUGGCUUGAAAUACUGGGGGUCUUGAAGUUUAGAGCAUAAUUACGCCUCGAACGGAGCAGAGGAUAUUAUCACCACGGAUAGCCCCCCCAAGUCCACUGGAAAAAUGGUUGAGAAAUUUGUCGGAACAUGGAAAAUGGUUACUAGUGACAACUUUGAUGAGUACAUGAAGGCACUGGGUGUUGGCUUUGCCACCCGUCAGGUCGGAAACAGGACCAAGCCAAACCUGGUUGUCAGUGUGGAUGGCCAAGGGAUGAUAUGCCUGAAGUCACAAAGCACUUUCAAAACCACGGAAAUCAAGUUUAAAUUGAACGAAGAGUUCGACGAGACCACCGCGGACGACAGAAAGACCAAGACGGUAGUAACCCUAGAAAACGGGAAACUCGUGCAGAAACAGAUGUGGGACGGCAAAGAGACGACACUAGAGAGAGAGGUGACGGACGGAAAGUUGAUAGCGAAGUGUACGAUGGGAGGCGUGGUGGCGGUGAGGACAUACGUGAAGGAGGCAUGAGUCCGUGGAUGCCUGCAGGAUCUGAAGACGCCAGGCUCAGUUCAAUGAGCCAGAAGUAACCGCGAGCUCUCCUCUUUUCCCUCGUGAGACCAAGAUGACGCAAUACUAUGUUUUCCAAGUUUACUGAAUUGACUUUAUUAAUCAUUAUAGGGCUUUGAAUAAAAAUUGACUUUUUUUGCCUCA